AUGGCACUGCUCCUGCUGGGCCUGGGGCUGAGCCUCGUCUCCGCCCAGGACCUCAACCCCCGAGCCAUCGUGCGGAGGAACUAUGACAUAUCCAAGGUGUCAGGGACCUGGUAUUCUAUUUCCAUGGCCUCGACUGACAUGAAAAGGAUAGAAGAAAACGGGGAUCUGUGGGUCUUCGUACAGAGCAUUGAAAGCCUGGAAAACAGGGGUCUGAGAUUCAGUUUCCACUUCAUGGUGCACGGGGAGUGCGUGGAGGUGGCCGUGGUCUGUGAUAAAACGGACAAGAAUGGGGAGUACACCAUUACAUACUUGGGGGAGAACAGGCUGCUGGUCUCGGAGACCGACUACCGGCUGUACAUCACCUUCCAUCUCCGGAACGUCAGAAACGGGACAGAGACCCAAGUGCUGGCACUCUACGGACGGAUCCCAGAGCUAAAACCCAGCUUCCUGGAAAGAUUUGAAAAAAUCUGCAAAACAUAUGGACUUGGCCCAGAAAAUAUUGUCACCAUGAGCAGCAAAGAUCACUGCUACAGCUACAAGCGGUAG